AUGCUUCAAAGCGCAUUAAUGUUUUUGCAAGCAAUUGCAUUUCUUACCUGCUGCAAAUAUGUCCGACCUUCUUGUCGUAUCACCGGGAAAGAUAUAUCAAAGUUCUUGUCAGACGGAGAUGAAAAAUUCCUUGAGGAAGCAUGCUCUUCAUGGAACGAUUAUGCUACACAGGGUCACACGGGUGUGAUCGAACUCUUCCAAGCGCAAGACAUAUGGCUGUGUAGACUGGGAUCUUCGCGGUCUCUGGACUGCGACAUAAGCGGGAUACAGGGUGCGGCAAGACGGGACGUAAAGAGAAGUGCCUACUACAAGAAAUGCCCGAAAGGACCCACAUUACGCAAAGAAAUACGAUCACUCACAUACUCAGAGCGAAGAAGAUUUCUCAAAGCAGUACAGAAACUCAAAAAUACAUUUGUUGGGAAUGUUAGCCGCUAUGAUAUCAUCGCAAGACUCCACGACCCGACCAUAGCUCCGCAAGCGCAUUUUAGUGCAGCGUUCCUGCCGUGGCACAGAGAGUAUAUUCUCAGGUUUGAAAACGCUUUGAAAGAAAUUGACUGUUUUGUUACAUUGCCCUAUUGGGACAGCACCUUGGACUAUGCACUGCCUGAUGGAAGAGACUCUAUUUUGUGGACGGAUAAAUAUAUGGGCAACGGCGAUGGUCCCGUUGAUUCGGGUCCUUUCUCGAACUGGUCAAUACCGGAAGAGGUUCAAAAUAAUGUACCAAUAUUUUCCACCCAAUUCAGAGAUAUCCUUUUCAGGAGCACCUCAGAAUCUCCUGGAUUUUUCACCCCGCGAUCUAUUGACGCCAUAUUUGAAGCCAGGAGGUUCCGCGAGUUGGUGUGGCCAGUUAAUAUCCUCUUUGAAGCAGUGCAUGGACGGAUACACAACUGGGUCGGUGGUCAUAUGCGAUAUCUUUUGAGUGUUGCUUUCGAUCCCGUUUUCUGGCUACACCACGCAUUCGUAGAUUGUCUGUGGGAAGAAUGGCGGGAAAAGUUUCAAGAAGGUGAUCCAGAGAUUGAUUACGUCACAGAAGAUGGCGAACUUCAUGACUCUCCGAACCUGGCCGACUUUGCCCGAGGUGACGCACAUGGAUUAAGAAAUGAUUACACGGAAAAGUACUAUAAAUGUGCCCCUAGGCCGACAUGCUCCGUUAAACAGCCUACGUGUAACUCGCGGUAUUUGUUUUGUGAUCCUUAA